AUGGAUCACAGGUACAAAGUAGUUGGGGUAACAUACAAUAUUGGUGAACAAUAUCACAAACUUGGUGAUACUGAGAGCUGGCGGUACUAUGAUGGACUUUUAGAAUUCAGAAAGGUCGGAUGUGGAGAUAUGCUAGCAACUGAAGAAGAGCUCUCCAUAGCUUUUAGGAAGGAAAGUAUCAUAUUUUAUGAGGGCAGAAACUUUGAGGGCCGCUUCCAUAAGGUUACCUUGGACCAGCCCGAUAUGCAGUCUUACCUAAGCUGCUGCAACUCCAUCAGGGUGGAAAGUGGCUGUUGGAUGAUCUACGAGCGCAGCAACUACUCAGGCCAUCAGUACUUCUUGAGGAGGGGAAGCUACUCAAACUACCAGCAAUGGAUGGGAUUCAAUGACUCCAUCAGAUCCUGCAUCCUAAUCCCACAUCCUAUGGAUAUCAGCAGGAUCUGAAUCUAUGAAAAGAAUGACUUCGGAGGCAGGAUGAUGGAGUUCAUGCUCGACUGUCCUUCUAUCUAUGAGGAAUUUCGUUUUGGAGAUGUCCAGUCUUGCCAGGUUUUUGAAGGUUGCUGGAUAUUCUAUGAACAACCAAACUACCAAGGUCGACAGUACCUCCUGAGACCCGGCAAGUACAGGAGAUUCACUGAGUGGGGAGCCAUGAAUGCCAAAGUCAGGUCCUUGAGGCGUGCAAUGGCCAGUACACCUCUCUGUCGGUAA